CUUCUUCUUCGUCCUCCUGCCGCUUGGUGUUGCUUCUUUUCGUGUGCUUUUGCUGCUGGGGCUACUCCUUUUUUCGUCUUCUUCUUUUUAUCGUCGUUCUCGGGUUUUUCCAUUUUCAUUCGACAUUUUUUUUGCUGCUUUCUUCUUCUUCUUCUCGACCCUUCUCCCUUUCCUCGCGUUCUUUUGAAUGUGUGUGUUUCAAUAUGGCUGUGCUUGCGUUAUUUGUUGCGUUUUACGAGUUGAAUUUGAAUUCAUGUCUCAGGCAUGCUGAGGUCGACCUGUAUUUUUGCUAGAUUGGGUUGUUCGUCGUUGGGUGGUUGCUCUAGUUUUCAUGCCUUUCAACAUGUCAUUUAUGUAUUUAUUGUAGUAUCUUGGAAUUAACUGAUUCAAAUGGGAGUUAUGAUUCACUGAAGUCAAUGCUCACAAUGUGAAACCCGAAUGUGGAGCAUCUUUUGAAUGAUGGCAUAUAUACGUUCCAUUCUUAGGGAGAAAUUUCUGCUUCAUGAUUUCUCUUUCGAAAGCUUGAAAUGAAAGUGGACUCUACGAAUAAAGACACAGCAAUUGGCUUUUUGAAGAUGCUAUCAACUUGCUGUGAGUAGCAUACAGCUAUGAAACAUGCGAGCUUGGACACAGACAUGUUUUCUUGCAAAUCUUCAUUAUGGCGAUAUCUUCAUAAUUUCAUGAUUAAUUCACUUUUUUUUUUGUUUCAUUUGUUUGAUGGUGAUGUCAUCACAAUAAUUUGAAAAUAUCACUGGUAGUUAUGACAAUCCUUUGAAUACAUAAAGGGAUAAUAUGCAAGUCAAUUCAUGUCCUACUUUAAUAAACUUUGACCUUCUUGCUACAGCCCUAAAAAUGUCAGUAUCAUGUAAUAGGAGACAAAUGGCACGAUUAACAUGAUUCAUGAUGAUUUUGUACUCCAAUACAUGUUAACUUUGUACUGAAAAACGCAGAGCUUUCACAGAGCAGUUUUUAAUGGAUCCUGUUCCACUUCACGAUUAUGUUAUUGCUCAGCAACGUUCUGUGGGGGACUCAUCAAAUAAAAGAAAAGCUGCAUGCUUGGGACACAUGAGUGAUUCUUAUUAUGAAAAAUUAUCUCAGAGUGAGGAAAGGAAUCAGGAACUUGCUGCCCAAAGAGGUACUGAUAAUGAUAUAAUUAAUGGAACACUCCUUGGAGAAAAUCUGCAGGGGCAUGCUGCAGGGAGGAUGUCAAAUCACAAUUUCCUAUUGCCCCAAGAUGUACAACAAGAACCAUGUGGUCUAUCUCAUGAAAGUCAAGGCAAAACGCCCCUGUCAUAUCCUGGUGUAAAAGAUAUUCAUGUGGGAAGUGCUACAUCUUUUUCUAGUUAUAGUCGUGGAAUGGUUUCUGGUCGAAAGGAUUGUGUUCCUGCAAGCACGUCGUCUCUCAUGGAUGCAGGCAGCAUUAUUCCUCCUCACUAUUUCACACCUAUGAAGACUUCAGAAAUGAUAUCACGUCCAGGGUUGCAGCCUUCAUCGGUAAGUCCUUUGCUUGAUAAGGACUUGUACCAUUUGAGCUACAAAAACAUGAAUUCAGCUGUCAAUGUUAGCCAGAAUGCUCAAGGAUUGGGUAUAGAAUUGGAUAAUCUGGACCAUCCAAACAUAAGAGACAAAGCAUCUUCUGUCAGCUUCAACAAUAAUAAUGAAGGUCUAGGUGCUACCAGUGCCAACAAACUUUCAGAUGCUCACGCUGAGGUUUCUCAAUCAUCUGUAUUUGCUAAUGGUAGUUCUGGUAACUUUCAGCCACAUUUCAAAAAAACCUGUCGUCAAGCUGCUAUUGGUCGCUGCAUAAGUUCAAAGUCCACACAAACUAUAAUGGAUGCCCAGCAUGUUUUGGGACUAGUUGGCAACGCAGUUUCUGCCAUUAAUUGUGGCUGCUUGAUGGAAAUAGAUUCAAAUAACAGUAAUGCCUCAUCUGAGGGUUCUGAGCUGAGAAGUUUAAACCAACAGACUGGCCAAAAUGAUUCAGAAACUGAAAAUAUGAAGCACGCUUCGUCCAGGAAAUACCAGGGUCCAAAUUCUCAUGAUAGUGAAGAGCGUAAGGGCCAAAAAGACCUUCCUUGCUCUUCAUUGGCUGGGAUAGUUAAUCUUCACGACAAGAAUGCAGUACCAUCAUCUCAGGAGGCACUUUGGAAUGGUUUCUUACAACUAAAUGCAUCUUUAACCGUUGCAACAGUCGCUUACUUCAAGAGUGGUGAGCAGAACUCAAAGAUCAAUUGGCCUGAACAUAUAGAGGUCAAAGGAAGAGUAAGGCUGGAGGCCUUUGAGAAGUUCAUUCAAGAUCUUCCUCGUUCUCGCCACCGUGCACUGAUGGUACACCUGCAUGUGGUAUCAUUUUGUGGGAGUGUUAGUUCCUCAAAGGCUGGGUUAGUGGGCAUGGAGGAGGUGGCCAAGAGCUAUGAAGAAAGCAAGAGGAUAGGGUUUGCAGAGGUCUGUCCAGGUAUUGAUCUUUACAUCUGUCCACGCUCUGAAACCAUAAUUACAAUACUUGCAAAAUAUGGUUUCUACAAAGGCAUGGCUACAGCACGAGGCAACCAUUUGCUUAUUGGCUGCAUUGUGUGGCGAAGAAACCCUAAUUCCAGGCAAAAAUCAUUUGAAAAGAGGAAACAGAGUUCUCCAGAAAAAAAAUUGGAUUCUACAAGCAGCUUGCAAGGUGCAGAUGCAAGAGCACCUUUACCAUCAUGUACUGUGCAAAAAAGUGAUCCUAAACUGCUUAUAUCAGCUCCACCUGCCAAGCAUGUGUAUGCACCAGUAAAGAAUGUUAGUCAGGGACCGGUAGCUAAUUCAGCAGGUGGUUAUAUGGUACCCCUUGCUGCCACUCGUGAAGAAAGUGAAUCAACGUGUGGCAAUGGACUUCCAGAAGUUGGCAUUUCUUUGUGCAGUUUAACUUCAAAGUCAACAGGCUUAUCCUUUACAGGGCCAGAUUCAAGCUAUUUGCUGGACAUUGGCAGGCAGUUUUUGACAAAUAAUAAUUCAAAUUUUCAGGCCAUGGCGAAGAAACCAGCUACAGAGUCUAAAGAAGUGAUGAGUGCUGGCCAUAAAUUACCUGGAAAGCAAUCAAAUCAGCAGACAUCAAAUUUAUCUGAUGAUGAUGAUCUUCCAGAGUUUGACUUUAGCAAAACAUGCGGCCUUGCAAGAUGCACUAGCAGUAUGCCUCCUACAGUUGAUAGUGAGGGCCAAAUUGCUGGUGUUCAUUCAUCUGACAGCCUAGGAGCAAGGAAAUGUGAUGGAUCUGCAACCACCGCACUGCUUGACAUAAUCCCAAGGCCCACGUUGGUUCCACAAGGUUCUGAGUUUCCCAGGCUUCCCAAGCCUAUAGUGACCGAUACUCAUGGAACUUCUAUUUUAAAUAUGAUUCGGAAAUCUGACUGUGAACCACCAUGUCUGCCUGUUCCUCAGGCGAAGAGCCCAGGCGGGCAGCUGAAUGGAGCCAGAUCUGUAGGUACGACUGUGGCUACAUCUGUGCCAACACCAUUGUCUGCUUCCUAUCUUAGAAAGUUGUGGGAUGAUGAUGAUGCUAUGCCUGAAUGGCGCCCACCAUAUCUGGAAGUGAAGGAACCAGUAGAAUCGAGGGCUCCACCUGCAAGUGGACCUUUGCUUCCAUUGCAGGAACCUCAAUCAACAGUUGCAAAUAUAGUUCCCCAGCCUCCCAUUCACAAGGUACCAUCCGGAUUAGCAAAUCCAUUUCGGCCCUCAGCACCAACCAAUCCGUUGCUACAUUCACGUGUCCCUUGCUAUGGUCGUCUGCCCACUGGUGUAACUCCGGUAAAGAGAAAUACAGGCAUGCAUGCUGACCCAGGGAACAUCGGCUCAAAUUAUAAUUCAAAGUCUGCUUCAGCCAAGGUUUUCAGGCCAAGCUCCAACUCCAGAUUUGAGUCAAAACCUCCUGUCAAUAGAAGGGGAUGGAAGCACUAGAAUCCUAGAUGUUACCAUAAGCUAUCCUUCCAUGUAUAUGUUAGUUGGAGAAUGUAGAUCCGCCCACUAGAUUCUCAGCGAAUGUGAGCAUGCUUAAAAUGUAAAGAAUGCUUCUCUUUGUACAGAAACUCCUUACUGUAGAUUGAUCUCUUCAUAUGCUAAGUUUUGAUAA